CAGAUAUAUUCUAAAGACCGAAAAAUAUUGAAUAUUGUGGACUUUAAAUGUUAAAAUAUGCACGCUAAUUUGGCAAAAAGUAUAGAUAUUUUGAAAAAAUAGACUACUAACAACUAUUCCCAAAGUAUAUAAUGAUACCGACACAAAAAUAAAAGACUUAAAGUGUUUUGUUUUUGAAGAUAACCAUCGUUAAUUGUUUUAUCUGGAGCCGACGAGUGUAUAAAUACAUGUUAUACAUUACAUCAAUGUAUUAACAAGACAUUGUUUAUCUCAAGAAGAAACUGUGUACUAAAGCCGAGAUACAAACUAGCGGAGAUAAUUUUUUUGAAUAUGUUUUUGAGAUGUUUAAACCAAACAGUUCUUACUAUUGAUGAAAGUGCUAAGCAACACUUAGAGGAAUCAGACAUUGAAUCAUCUUAAUACAAGAUAAGACUUCAAAAUACCGAUAAAAAGAAAUUACAUAAUUAUGACUGAGGAAAGGAAAACAAGAAAAUUAUCCAUUCAUUUGGAGCAGGAUGCUAUGGACCAAUCAUUGUCCUCUGAUGACAAAGAUGAGGAGACUACUAUUGAUGACGAUAUUAUUCACACUGUUACAAAAUUACUAAAAUUCGGCAAAAAUGGCAUGGUUUCCCCUGACCACAUAGAAACGUCUUUGUGUAAAAUGCUUCAAGCUGAACGCAAUCACUGGAAAGACAAAACAGAUGCCGCAAUGAACGAGAUUGAGCGUCAACACAAAGAAACACUGGCAAAUCAAGUUUCGUUACAAAAUUUGAUGGAUAUGUUACAUUUCAAUAAGCGAAAAAUAAGUCACGCUAAUCUAAAAAUGGACAACAGCAUUGCAGAAGAGAAUGCAUCGGUAGACGACAUGCUGGAUACACUGAAAUACAGGAUUAUAAACCUGAAGCAAAUGGCGGGAAUCAUAGACGAAAUGGAUGAGACGGAGCCACAGGAUAAACUGCUUAAAUAUUCUGACAGAGAUAUUGAAUAUUUGAAAAAUGCUAUUGCCAAAGCUCACUGGGAGAAAGAAUCAAUUCAAAAACAACUAACAGAAAGAGUUAAUGAGAUAAAAUGGCUGACUUCCGAACUGGAUAAUGUUAAAAUGCACUUGCAUAAAUUACAAGAAGUUGUGAAAAAAUACAAUGAAGCCCACACAGGGACAAACUUUCAUUUAAAUGAAGUGAAGAGUGAAGUUCCUAAGAGCCCAGGAAGAACCAUCAAACACUGUACGGCACCAUUGAGCUCUAGGCAGAGAACUUAUAUUGAAGGUGACUGGUUGCAAGGAUAUCCAAAUCCAAUUGACGAAUCUUCAGCACUAAAAACAAGGCUACAAGCGCAUAUUUAUUCGAAUAAAAAUGGGAAUUCUAAAAUGGGAGUGGCUCAGUGUUUGAGAUGUCAGAAACUAUUCAAACCAAAAGAAAAUUCCAGCAAGUCUUGUCGCUAUCACCCAAAAGGUCGUGAAAUUACUGAACAAUAUGAUGUAAAUGGGAAACUUGUGCACGUUGUGUAUAAAUGGGCUUGCUGUAAAAAAGGACUGGACUCAGCAGGCUGUAUCUAUGGUCACCAUGUCUAAGUUGUUUCUGUUAUUAAAUGUAUUUGAGUGAUUGAA